AUGAUCCAAACCCUCCACCGCGUGCUGCGGCCCUUCAUGCUGCGGCGCCUCAAGACCGACGUGGCCCGAGACCUCCCCCCCAAGCGAGAGGUCUACAUCUUCGUUGGGAUGUCGAAGCUGCAGAAGAAGCUGUACGCGGACAUUUUGUCGAAGAACUUGGAAGCUUUGAAUGCAAUGUCAAACAACAAAACGCAAAUGCUGAACAUUUUAAUGCAACUCCGAAAGUGCUGCAACCACCCCUACCUCUUCGACGGCGUGGAGCCGGGGCCCCCCUACGUGGAGGGCUACCACCUCGUGGAAGCUGCAGGCACCUAA